GUUUUCCCCACCCAUAAAGUUCUGAGCAUACGCCCAGCGAUUUGAUGAAAAAAGGCAACUUGGGAAGAUAGGAAUUCACGGAAGAGGCAUUUUAUAGGCAUCUACUGAUUUAGAAGAGGCAAGAAUCAGCAGAAGAAAAGUUUGUUUUACAAAACUAGGUACAGAUAUGGAAAGUGCCAUUAAGACGGUUGUUAUGCAGUACCUGUCUUCAGCACGGGGGAAAGAGAGCCUGAGUGGGAAGAGUUUCCAAAAGUUAGUCCAGGGCCAGCUGGGCAACAUCCUGGCUGACACAGACAGUGCUUCAUCAGUGAAAGACAUGAUGAAAGGACUAGAUGACAACAAAGAUGGGAAAGUCAGUUUCGAGGAGUAUCUGAGGCUGGUGGGCUACGUGGCUAACUCAAUGAGUGAACAGAAAGCACAGAACAACACAGCCAGUGGACAACAGGCCUAAUCCCAAAAGCAUUGAUGGCAUUUGAAUUAAUGACACACUGACACUACAUGUGUCAUUCUGGAAUCUUACAUAAUAUUCAUGGUAUAUAUAUAUAUAUAUAUAUAUAUAUAUAUAUAUAUAUAUAUAUAUAUAUAUAUAUAUAUACAGUAUAAUAUUUGAAAUUGAUCUUAAAGUAUAAUGGUCUCAAAAACUUUUAAAGUUUCUGCUAUUACAUUGUACUUAAAAUACUGUUUACAUAUAUUCAGCUAUCAUGAAAUGUUACUCCAGAGGCCAGGUAUAAGUGCUACAUAAAAUCAUUCCUUUUGUUCCACACGUUGUUGGCAAUUUUAUUUUGAUUGCAUUUUAUAAUUUUUUUUGCUUUUGUCUAUUUUCCAUGUAACAUGCAUUCAUUUCAGGAUUUAUAUGUGAAUAUCACUUAGUUAUUUUGCAAGCAGCACAAGAUGCUUGAUUAGUGCAUACUAUAUUCAAGUAAUAACCAAACUGGAAUGCCAAAAUCAAGGUAAAACGAAAGUAAAUGGGGCCAGUUCCUAAACAUUAAAAUACACACUGUACCAAAAGUAUAGCCAUUGGAUAUUAACAAAAUAUAUGUAAUAACAUUAUUUUAGAGUGAUAAAAUUGCUUACUAACCUUAUCUGUGUCAAGUUAUAUCUGAUAUCAUAACUCUGUUGUCAUGACAAUUAUCGCCUGUAAUUCUGGGACUGGAUGAAGUCGCUUACUUCGUUAUAUCACACUAACAUUAAUGUAACACUCUCAGUAUAAUGUUUAAACUUUGUGGCUAUAUUUAAAACAAUAUGUAUUUUAACGUUUUUCUUAUGUUAAAUAAAGACGGGACGUGUUGAAAUUUUUUUUGUGAAAAUCAACAUUAUGCCACAAUGCUGCAGAUGGAGCAUAACAUGUGUGAAACACAAAAAAGUUUUUUAAAUGAGAAGAUGUAAGCACUCUGCAUAUAUGGAAAAUGUUUUUGGUAUAUCCUUUCAAUAAAACAUGACAAUAAUGACAAAAUCCAAA